CCUUGCCUUCGCGCUGUCCGCGCCCCACCCUUUUCAUAAGACCACCUCGUUUUUCUCCCUUCUUUCUCUUCUCCAACCCACCACUCUUUCUCUUCUUUCCACCCCGUUGAAAAGAAGCAGUCAAAAUGUCCCAGCCUAAGCAGAAGGACUUCAAGGCUUUCGCCACCGACUUCCUCAUGGGUGGUGUCUCGGCCGCUGUCGCCAAGACCGCCGCUGCCCCCAUUGAGCGUGUCAAGCUCCUUGUCCAGAACCAGGACGAGAUGAUCAAGCAGGGCCGUCUCUCUAAGCCUUACAAGGGCAUCGUCGACUGCUUCCAGCGCACCUACGCUGAGGAGGGUCUCGUUUCGCUCUGGCGCGGCAACACUGCCAACGUCAUCCGUUACUUCCCCACCCAGGCGCUCAACUUCGCCUUCAAGGACUACUUCAAGUCCCUCUUCGGCUUCCGCAAGCAGGACGGCUACUGGAAGUGGUUCGCUGGUAACAUCGCCUCGGGUGGUGCUGCCGGUGCCUCGUCGCUCCUCUUCGUCUACUCGCUCGACUACGCCCGUACCCGUCUUGCCAACGACAACAAGUCGGCCGGCAAGGGUGGCCAGCGCCAGUUCAACGGUCUGAUCGACGUCUACCGCAAGACCCUUGCCACUGACGGUAUCGCCGGUCUCUACCGUGGCUUCGUCCCGUCGGUUGUUGGUAUCAUUGUCUACCGUGGUCUCUACUUCGGUCUCUACGACUCGAUCAAGCCCGUUGUCCUCGUUGGCCCUCUUGAGGGUAACUUCCUUGCUUCGUUCCUCCUCGGCUGGACCGUCACCACCUCGGCCGGUCUUGCUUCGUACCCCCUCGACACCAUCCGUCGUCGUAUGAUGAUGACCUCGGGUGCCAAGGUCCACUACAAGUCGAUGUUCGACGCCGGUGCCCAGAUCAUCAAGGCUGAGGGCGUCAAGUCUCUGUUCAAGGGCGCUGGCGCUAACAUCCUCCGUGGUGUCGCCGGUGCUGGUGUGCUCUCCAUGUACGACAAGCUCCAGGAGCUCGUCUUCGGCAAGGUCUACUCGGGAGAUGCGCACCCUGUGCGUGUCGUUCAAAGUGCCUCGUUCUGGGGCUGUUUGAUGAUGAGCUUUAUGCACGUAGUAUUGUGGCGUUUCGGUGGUGCCGUCUGUGCCAGAGAGUGCAGCUUGAGGAGCACGCAACUGUCACAUGUGAAUCUGGAGUUUCUGGAGUAG